AUGGAAGAGCGAAUUCAUGUCGAACGGUCCCCUCGAACGUCGUUAAAUCCAGAUAUGGCUGCAGUUUCUAAUGGUGUAGGGAGAACUAGAAGUGGUUCCAGUGGGAGUAAUAGCGGCUCGGCAGCUGCUGUAGCUGCUGCCGCUGUUUAUAUAGAUCAACUGGCAGGAGGAGGUCGACCGUCAGGUGCCGGUGAAGCCGAGUUUGCAAUUGAUCCUGCUCUCGGUAAUGGAAAAGUUGUAAGAGGUGCCAAUGGGCUUCAGCAGCUGCAGUUACAGCAGGAAGAGCAACAGGGACUACAGCUUCAGCAACAGCGUCACCAACCUCCUCCGUACCAGUACACAGCAUCCCAGAUACAGGAAAUGCAAGCACAAGCACAAGCUCAGGCACAGGCUCAAGCACAGGCUCAGGCGGCUCAGGCAGCUGCUCAAGCUGAAGCAGAGGCCCAAGCUCAGUACCAGGCACAUGCUCAAGCUCAAGCUCAAGCUCAAGCUCAAGCUCAAGCUCAAGCUCAGGCCCAUGCUCAAGUUCAGGCUCAGGCACAAGCUCAAGCACAGGCACAAGCACAAGCACAGGCUCAAGUUGCUAGAGCUCAGGCACAAGCACAAGCACAAGCACAGGCCCAAGCUCAGGCUCAGGCUCAAGCCCAAGCCGAAGUACGAGCUCAGGCAGAAGCUGAAGCACAGGCUGCUCGUGCUCAAGUGGUCCAAGCCCAAGCAGCACAAGCUCAGGCUCAAGCAGAUGCUCAAGCUCAAGCUCAAGCUCAGGCUCAAGUACAAGCAGCACAAGCACAAGCCCAAGCACAAGCUCAAGCUGCUCAAGCUCAAGCAGUAGCACAAGCACAAGCUCAAGCUCAAACUCAUGCCCAAGUUCAUGCACAAGUCACUGGAUCAGCAUCUAAUUCAUAUCCAGUGACAUCAACUCACUUUUCAAACCUCGAUAUUUAUCCUCCUAAUCAGCAAUUGCUGCAAUUUCAAAAACGGCAUGAUCCAGGCCAGCCUAUGGUAGGCCUCGAAGAAUCGCCAAUGGGACUUGCCAUGGGUCCUACAACUCCUAUCCGAGUUCCAGAUAAUACCCCACAAUCGCAUCCUCAGGUUCUAAGUAAUAUUGGACCACCUCAGCAUCCUCCUCCUCAAGCACAGCACGCCAUCCAACAAUCCCAGUCAUCUGCUCUUCGCAAACGAAAAGCAAGUGCCAUUUCGACUUCUACACCACAACAACAAUCAACUCCUAGAAACAAUACCACACCAGGUUCUGCCAAUGGUAACAUUGCAACUCCACCAGGAACUCUUGAUUCUGAUUUGAAAAUUGCUGCUAUUAGUAGUAAAGAUACUGCUCUUGAUGAGCUGGUCGAGAAUGCUCGUAAAGACGAUAACAGUUCAUUAGCAGAGAAAUCACGAAAAUUUUUUGGCAUGUCAUGGUUAAUACGAAACUGUGAAUUAGAACUGGAUGCUAAUGUACCAAGAAACCGUAUCUACGCUAGAUAUGUCGGUCUUUGCUCUGAGUACUACUUAAAACCGUUGAAUCCAGCUUCUUUUGGUAAACUUGUGAGAAUCAUGUUUCCCACUAUAAAAACGAGAAGAUUAGGAGUUCGUGGCCAAAGUAAAUAUCACUAUUGUGGUAUUAAGUUGGUGGGUGAUCAAAACAAUGCUACUGGAACUACUCCUGUUGGAACUCCCAACAGAUUCGGUAACAACAGUCCUGAUAUGUUCUCUAAUAGAAGUUUCAACAACACUCCUGGACCCUCCAACAGCAGUAGCAUGAUUUUUUCUCCCUAUGAUACCCCGACACAGGGACAGAAUCCAUUUCCUCCUCAACCGUCUGGUCCACAGACACAGUCACAACAACAAUCACCAACUCAGUUAUCACCGACUUACCCACGGACUUCAGCAGCUCCUGCAGUUGCUGCUGCUGUAACACAGGGUCAGAUACCAACAUCAGCCGGCACGUCAGGAAAUUCGACCGAUGGCUUGAGAUUCCAUCAACAACACCUGCGGUUUGCUGCCAGUUUUAACGAUUUCAACGAUAUUUCACUCUCACCUAAUACGCAUGAAUUCACCAUUCCUCCUUUAGAACCAUACUUGGACCCCAAUACCGAUCCUGAUGCAUCCACCACUUUGUACGCCCUGUACAAGUCUCAUUGUCGUUCGUUGAUAGAAGCUCUGAGAUUUAUGCAUGUCAAGAAGUUUUUCCAUAUCCUGUCUGUUUUCAUUGGUGGUUUGACAACCCCUGUACAACGACUACUAAAACAGCAAGGGGUGGUCGCCUGGGUGUCAAAAGUCGAUUGGAUCAUGUACAAGGAAAUGGUUCGGUUGCUGAGUCCAUUACCACUACAAGAGAUUCCCACUCAAGUUUUGCAUGGUCUUCGUUCGUUAUAUCAAAGUCUGCCUAAUCACCUGGCAAGUGUACUUACCAACAUGCCAAAAGCGUUCACUGAAGCAAGAACUAAACCGGCUAUAGCAUUUGCACGAUUACUAGAUCGAUUAUUAAGAGCGAAUGAAGCAGCUCUUAAUGCUGGCAAGAUUCUAGUUGACGAAGAAGAUCUGGCCAAAAUGAGAUACGACUGGAUGAGAUUUGUCGAUGCUCGAGCACUAGUCAUGCGCGAGAUUCCCUGUGGAGGUCCUGAAGUGGUUAACAUUCUCCAGGAUGGUGUACUACAGUUGCUGAGUCUAGAAGAAGACGAUGGUCAAGCCAAUAAUGGCAGUAGUAGCAAUACCAACAGCAACAGCAACAACAGCGGCAGCAUCAACGGGAUCCGUGGCACGGGUUCUGGUCACCAUCACAGCGCAUCAAAAGAUAAAAACGACCUGUCCAAAUCAGAAGCGACAAUAAUCCAGUGGGCACAGUUUUUGUCGUCACUUCCACCGCAGUUUCCCAAAGUAUCACCGCGACUGUUUCUCCUAUGUCUCAGUUCUGUCCUGACAUCUGCUCUGCGUGAUAUCAGUAUGAAUGGAGGAGAGGGAUUUGGAGCCUGGUGGGUUGUACGGUGCUGGAUUGACGAGUGGAUGGGCUGGACCGCCGAAAUGGGCGGGUUCCUGGCAUAUGGUGGUGAAGAAGACGUGCUCGAUAAAAACGGCACCCUCGUCAAAAACAGCAAUUCGAACCCGAAUCACCCACAACAACAGUAUCAACAACAUCAACAAAAUAACAGCAACAGCAGCAGCCAGUUUGUGGGUCACGGCGAGUUCUCGUCGAUCCAGCUGUUAUUUGUGAAUGACGCACCAGUCAAUGUCGAAGACAGUAUCCAGAUCCAGACCCAACCGAACGGACACUCGAAAAAGAACGUACAACAGAUGCUCGACGAAGUGGACAAUGCCGCUGAACUAAACGGCCACGUCGACGGACAAAACGACAAUGUUGAUGAUGACGAUGACGACGAUGAUGACGGUCCAGACCAUCUCACCGGAAAAUCCAGCUACGACGAUGUCGACGACGGCGCCUCUGGCCCCGUCAUCAAAACCGAAAUGCAGCUCGUCGACCCCGUAGACGCCAUAGAAGGUCUCAUCAACGACAAUGUAGCCCGCCAAGUGUAG